AUCCAAUCAGAGAGGCAGAGUCAAGUACUGGGCCUGGAUCCCCGUCUCUGCUACUCGGACCGGUGUCUGUAGCGACCAUAUAACCGACCUGCUGGAGGAAAUAAAGGGGCAAAGUAAUAGACGGACACUCCUGCUCCAUUGGUCGGGUGUUGCUAACUGGAACACCUGAUUGGGCACACGACGCCGUCACGGCGUCUGUUCAGCUAGCGUCAACAGUGGUACUAACGCAGCUAGCUAACGUUAGCAGAUGAAGCUAGUCGGCUAACUUCAAGUGCCGCUGCUGAUGCCUACGGUUUUGCAAUAUUUUAGUUUGACGCCACGCUGUUGAUUGUUCAGCCUGGAAUCUUUUAAAAUCCACAUAUUUAGGUUCAGGACAGUGGCCAUAAUGCUAGUCAUCGUGCUUAACGGCGUGAGUAACGUUUCCGUUACGCCUCAUCAUUCAAAACAAAUCAUUUCGCGUUAGCUAGCUAGCGUCCCUGUCAUCCAGCUACGAGGGCAGCCGACGGCGUCGUAGUGCCUGUUUUUGUGUAAUUUACAGUGUUGCACAUUGGAGUAUUUUGAUUCGGAGACACAUAACCUAAGCAGUCUGGGGCCGAGCUUUAAACGUUGAACCCCAUACUUCUGUUAGGUUCCAUUUACCAUUGUUAUCUGUCCCACCUGCUCACUGACAGCUCACUUACAGGACAGUUAGUCAGGCAGCAUAGCUGACACCUUUCUUCAGUCAUUUCCAGCUCGGUUAAAAUCGUUCAAUUAUCAGUUGUCAAAACUGUAAAGAAAAGAAAACACUCAAAUCAAUCAAGUGAAUCCACAAGUGAACAUGGCCCCUAAGAAGAGACCGGUUCCCUUAAACAUCGCUCCUGCUGGGAAUGGUUCAUCCACCUUCCCCAACACUGAUGCUGCGUCUGAGGCCAAUUUAGAAGCGCUUAAACUCAUUUUGGAAGAGUUGGACAUGGAUGAACAACAGAAGAAGAGGUUAGAAGCUUUUCUUACCCAAAAGGCCAAAGUGGGUGAGUUGAGAGACGACGACUUCCAUCGCGUCUGCGAGCUGGGCGCAGGCAACGGAGGAGUCGUCAAUAAGGAAUGCCAUAAAUCUUCCGGAAUAAUCAUGGCCAGAAAGCUUAUUCAUCUUGAAAUUAAACCUGCAUUCAGAAACCAAAUCAUCAGAGAGCUUCAGGUGCUGCAUGAGUGCAACUCUCCGUACAUUGUGGGAUUCUAUGGGGCGUUUUACAGCGAUGGAGAGAUCAGCAUCUGCAUGGAGCACAUGGAUGGUGGAUCUCUGGAUCAGGUGCUGAAAAACGCAAAAAGGAUCCCAGAAGAGAUUCUGGGCCAAGUGAGCAUCGCUGUUUUGAGAGGACUUGUGUACCUAAGAGAAAAACAUCAAAUUAUGCACAGAGAUGUUAAGCCUUCAAAUAUACUAGUGAAUUCACGGGGGGAGAUCAAGCUGUGUGACUUCGGUGUGAGCGGGCAGCUCAUAGACUCUCUGGCCAAUUCUUUUGUUGGCACGAGGUCCUACAUGUCGCCUGAGAGAUUGCAGGGAACCCACUAUUCUGUGCAGUCAGAUGUGUGGAGCAUGGGGCUCUCCCUUGUGGAGAUGUCCAUCGGACGCUACCCCAUCCCUCCUCCAGAUGCCAAAGAACUGGAGGCAAUAUUUGGACGUCCCAUCUUGAGUGGUAGCGAAGGAGAGACGCACAGCACUUCGCCCAGACCGAGAUCAUCGGGGAGACCUGUCAGCGGUCAUGGUCCUGCCAUGGCCAUCUUUGAACUACUGGACUACAUAGUAAAUGAGCCUCCUCCCAAACUCCCACAUGGUGUUUUCACCUCUGAUUUCCAGGACUUUGUGACAAAGUGCCUCAUCAAAAAUCCAGCUGACAGGGCCGACUUGAAAAUGUUGACGAACCAUAUGUUUAUCAAGCGGUCUGAGGUGGAGGAGGUGGACUUUGCCGGUUGGCUUUGUAAAACCAUGGGACUGAACCAACCCAAAAGUCCAGCGCGCACUGCAGACUAAUCUCACACACACACACACACUCAUUCAUGCACACAGUAUGUACAUGUAAGAACAUGGAGAAGCCGCUGCCUGAAACCUCACAACCACAUACGCAUCCUGUUUGCUAUGUCAAAUUAACUCCACUGAGUGCGCCAGGAAAGACUCCAUGUAUGUACAGCGCGAGUAUUAACAUCACGGUUGUGCAUCCGUACAGACCGAUGCAUGUAUAAAUAUUUUUUAAUAUAUUUUAUGCAGACAUAUUUAGAAAUGUAAGAAAGCGUUUAUUUAAUGAAAACGUGUUGGCUUAUGCACCCAAGGUGUCUUGUGUUUUAGAGAGAUGAUUGAGUCUAGGAUGUUUUUUGCAAUUGGAGAUGUGACUGAUUUCUAAAUAACGUUGAGAUGUCUAAGGGUGAAGCACAAUGUUUAAUAUAUUUUAACAUGACCCUUGCGUCAAAGCCAAAAAAUGUAAAAGAAGUUGCAACCGUAAAUGGAGCCUCUGCUUCCUUUGCCGGUUGGGAUUGUUAACAUGUGUUCCCAUUAGCGUCAGAUACAGUCUGGUAGAGGCUGCCUUUUUGAAAAGAUUAUAGAGAUUGAUCCCUGGACAGUUCCUGCUGCAAUAGGACGGCUUUCAUCACGUGAGAAAGCGGCAGUCUCAGUGGAAGCAAAUUAUUGUUGCAUUGUAUUUGCUAAGAUGUGAACAACAGGACAUGGAUUUGCCAUUGAAGUGCAUCCUGUGUCGCAGCAGAAUCCGGGCGUUUUUAUCCAUCAUUUCUUUUUUUCUAUUUAUCUACUUCCUUCUCUUAAGUAACAAUAUAGAUGUUUGAAUGGUAUUGUCAUUGAUUUGUCAAUAAAUUACCAUGUAUUGUAAGAUUA